AUGGCUGUUAAGUGUGUUUGUGUUAUUUUUAUUUUUUUAGUGCUACUUUUUGAAAUUAACGCGUAUAGUCCUAGAGAAUGCGGAGUACCUCUGAGAAGGCAUACGAGGCAGCCUCGCGAGCGACCAGCGGGGCAACUACGGAUUAUAAAGGGAAUGGAGUCCAAAAGAGGAGCUUGGCCUUGGCAGGUGUCUCUGCAGCUGCUCCAUCCCAACUACGGUCUUAUUGGGCACUGGUGCGGGGGUGUGCUGAUCCAUCCGCAAUGGCUGCUGACCACUGCGCAUUGUAUACAUAAUGAGCUCUUUAACCUGCCUGUACCAGCAUUAUGGACGGCUGUACUUGGUGAAUGGGAUCGAGCUGAACAGCGAGGGGCUUACUUGCCGAUCGAGAGGAUCGUUCUACACCACAGAUUUCAUAAUUAUCAGCAUGAUAUAGCUCUCAUGAAGAUGAUAAAGGCAGCAGAUGUAAGUGCCGGGAGUCGGAUACGUACCAUCUGCCUCCCUUCCUACGAACUACCGAUCAGCACUCACAAUACAGAACGAAGCACGUCAUUCUUCAAGAAACCAGAUGAAAUAAGGAGAAAACCUAAACCUCAAAAACCCAAUCCAGAUACCGCUGUUAAAUAUUUAGAAAGACUUAAUAAUAUCACUAAAACUGUAUUCUCAGGAGUGACGAACAAGAAACACAAAAACACUAGAUAUAACGUGAGAGUUUCAAACGAUUCAAAUAAACCAACAGAAAGAAAAAACGAUGAAGACAUUAAUGUAAAUGAUACUGACAGAAAAAUCAAAGAUGUAGCAUACGACAGUGCAACACUAGACAGCGUGGUUAAGCUUAUAAAAACGAAAGCAGCCAGAGAUAAAAUUAAAUUUGAUAAUACUAAACGAAGUGAUAAGAAACUUAUGUACGGUGAAGAAAUUGAUCCUUUCAUUGAAGAUAAUAACGGUUUAGACUUCAAAGAUGAAUGCUACGCUACUGGAUGGGGGAGGCAACAGACGAAUGGUACUUUGACAGAUGUUUUGUUAGAGGCUGAAGUACCAGUCUUACCGUUGCAGCUUUGUAGAGAUAAAUAUUCAUUGAGCUUACCUUUAAAUGAUGGACAUUUGUGUGCUGGGAGUACCGAUGGCAGUACAGGUGCUUGCGUGGGUGAUAGUGGGGGUCCACUUCAGUGCAGGUCUGGGGGUCGCUGGGAGCUCAGAGGGUUGACUUCCUUCGGGUCGGGAUGUGCGAGGAUCGGGGUCCCGGAUGUGUACACAAACGUGGCCCAUUACGUGUCAUGGAUUUACGCUCAUAUUUACGCUAGUUGAAGAUUUAAUUACAAUAAGAAUAUAUAUAAGUAAAUUAUGUAUAUUGUAAAUAUACUAAUAUAUAUAUAUUAGGAUAGUUAUAUAUUUUUUUUUAAGUAAUCCAAUUUUUAGUUUGUAGAUAACGUGUACAAAGACAUAUUUUUAAUGUUAAAAA